AAGGGGGCAGGACUUUUUCUCUCCGGGUCCUAUUAAGAGCAAACUUUGUGUUUUUGUUCUCCAACUUCAGCUCAGUGCUCUGCAGCCUGCACACAGGUCCUCUCUGCGGCUCUGUUUCUUUUUUCUCCAUUUCUUUCUCACUAACGGUUUCUCGCCUGUUGGUCAGCACUGUGCGCCUUUUCAUGGGGGGUUCGGACACCGGGAGGAUGCGCUUUUUGGAGGAACAGACGCUCAAAGUUGUGCAUUCGGACGCCCCGGGCUCGUUUUAGAGGAUUCGUAGAUGCGUGUCUGGUUGGAAUGAACAAUGGUGCGGCUCCUUGGUGCUGAUGCCGGGGGCAUGCUCUGGUUUCGGCUACUGUUGCUGUGCGCGGUGGAGUUAGAGCUGGGAGCCGGGGUCUCCACUUUCCAGGGUUUCUAUCUUCCACCUGCGAACGGGUCGCUGCUCACACCUGCCCGGAGGACGGAUGGAGUCGUGCGGACCGUUGACCGGAUUUACCACGGAGGAGGGAAGGUGGGCUACCUAGUGUACCUGGACGGGAGCCGCUUUCAGUUGGACAUGGAGCGGGACGAGUCGGUGCUGUCGCAUCACUUCAGCCCCCAGUAUGUGCACGCCAUGAUGGGGGAGAGCCAUGCGCCCUUGCAGCGGGAGUGCGCAUACCGCGGCACAGUGGACUCCAACGCGGAGUCCCUGGCCGUCUUUAACCUCUGCGGCGGGGGUCUGGAGGGCUUCUUCGCCGUGGACCACGCGCGCUACACCAUCACGCCUAUCGUUAGGGCGAAGGGACACGAGCAUGACGUGCGCGUCCUGCAGGACAAGGACGCGGAGAGCGCGCUCCACGUGUUCACGCGCGAGAGCUUCAGCUUCGAGGCCAUGCGCGAGGGGCGCGAGAGCUGCGGGACGCGCGACGGGCGCAGAGGACGUAGGGACGCUGCGGGGAGACGCCGGCACCGAGGGCGCAGGGAGGGGAGACGGGACAGACAGGCGCUCACUGAUGAACAUGACGCGCACGGACGGACACUGUGGAGCCGGCUCGCCAAGGCGCCAGUACCGGAGCCUGGCACGCGGAGGAGAAGGUCGGUCUCUCGCGCCAGGCACGUGGAGCUGCUUCUGGUGGCCGACGACACCAUGUUGAAGAAAUACGGAAAGGACCUGAACCACUACCUGCUCACACUGGCCUCCAUCGCCUCCAAGCUGUACGGGCACGCCAGCAUCGAGAACCCCAUCCGGCUGUCGGUGGUGAAGGUGAUCACGGUGGGUGAGAAGGAGAAGGGGCUGGAGGUGACCAAGAACGCGGCGGCGACGCUCAAGAGCUUCUGCAAGUGGCAGAACCAGCAGAACCCGCUGGACGACGACCACCAGCACCACCACGACGCCGCCAUCCUCUUCACCAGGCAGGACCUCUGUGGCCACCACUCCUGCGACACCCUGGGGAUGGCGGACGUGGGCACCGUCUGCACUCCGGAGAGAAGCUGCGCCGUCAUCGAGGACGACGGGCUUCACGCUGCAUUCACUGUCGCACACGAAAUAGGUCACCUGCUCGGCCUGUCCCACGACGACUCCAAGUUCUGCGAGGAGCGCUUCGGGGUGAACAGCGACAAGCGGCUCAUGUCCUCCAUCCUGACCUCCAUCGACGCCUCCAAGCCGUGGAGCCGCUGCACCUCGGCCACCAUCACCGACUUCUUCGAUGACGGGAACGCCGAGUGUCUCCUGGAUUCUCCUCGCCAGCCCCUCCUCGGCCCCGAGGAGCUCCCGGGGCAGAGCUACGACGCCGUCCGCCAGUGCCGCCUGGCCUUCGGCCCCGAGUACACGGUCUGCCCGGGCAUGGACGUGUGCUCCCGGCUGUGGUGCGCUGUGAUCCGCCAGGGGCAGAUGGUGUGUCUGACCAAGAAGCUGCCGGCCGUGGAGGGGACGCCCUGCGGGAAGGGACGCAUCUGCCUGCAGGGGAAGUGUAUGGACAAGACCCGCAAGAGACUCUACUCGGUGUCCAACCAUGGCAGCUGGAGUUCCUGGGGUUCAUGGGGUGCGUGCUCCAGAACGUGCGGAGGGGGGGUGCAGUUUGCCCAGCGCCUGUGCAACAACCCGCCGCCGCGGAACCACGGGCGCUACUGCACCGGGAAGAGGGCCAUCCAUCGGUCCUGCAGCGUCACGCCGUGUCCCGCCUCCAGUAAGAGUUUCCGUCAGGAGCAGUGCGAGGUGCGUAACGGGCCCCAGACCGAUCCUAAAGGGGUGAAGACCUUUGUCGAGUGGGUGCCCAAAUACGCCGGAGUCCUCCCCAAAGACGUCUGCAAGCUGACCUGCAGAGCGAAGGGAACGGGAUACUACGUGGUGUUUGCUCAGAGGGUGGUCGAGGGGACGGAGUGUCGGCCGUACAGCAGCUCGGUGUGUGUGAAGGGGAAGUGUGUGCGGACGGGCUGCGACGGCAUCAUCGGCUCCAGGCUGCAGUUCGACAAGUGCGGUAUAUGUGGGGGGGACAGCACUGGGUGUCUGCGUGUGAUGGGGAACUUCACAAAGAAGAGUAAGGGCUACACCGAUGUGGUGAAGAUCCCCGCGGGCUCCACCCACGUGAAGGUUCGACAACACAAGGCCAAGGACCAGACCCGCUACACCGCCUACCUGGCGCUCCGGCGGCCCAACGGCGAGUACCUCCUGAACGGCAAGUUCAUGAUCUCCACCUCGGAGACGAUCAUCCCGCUCAUCGGCUCGGUGCUCAACUACAGCGGGUGGAGCCAAAGGGACGAGUGGCUUCACAGCAUGGGCCCCGGGGCUCUGCAGGAAGCCUUGGUGGUGCAGAUUCUGGCCACGGACGCCAAAAAGCCCCUGGAUGUUCGUUACAGCUUCUUCAUGCCGCGCCGGACGGCCCCACAGCCGCCGUCCGCUCCACUCGUCCCCGUCCCGAAGGCAACCACCUCACGGAGCACCACGACGGUCUCCACCACGACAAGAACCACCACCAGCACCACACCCUCUAUCCUGGACCCGGGGCCGACGACAGCUCCGGGGCCCUCAACCCCCGCCCCGGGGCCCCAGUGGGUUACAGGUCCCUGGAUGACCUGCUCCAGGACGUGUGACACAGGCUGGCAGAGUCGGACAGUGCAGUGCAAGGACCAGGAUGGGAAACUGUCCAAAGGAUGCAUUCUGGGUACUCGGCCCUCUGCCUUCAAACACUGUCUGGCUCGGAAAUGUUGAGGAGGCGGAAAAAAAGAUUUACACGACACGAGAAAAAGACGUUUUAACUUCUGAUGAAGGUCUCAAGUGCUGGAUGUAGGACCAAUGAAUGGACCAAUGAAUUUGAACCUUAAACUGGACGGUGAAUGUUGGCGCUUGGACCCGUCCGACAGACACUCAGAGACACGGUGGCAUGGAUGCACCCGACUAUAUGCCAGAGGGAUGCCCUGGAGUCCUAGUGGUUCCCGUAUGACAGAGACAGGUGUUGCCCUGGCAUAGCUAAGAACUUGAGAUGCAUGUCAUUUCCACACGGACAACAACUGAUUGUCUUUACCUCCGAUCCCCUGGAGGCUCAGUGUGUGUUGCCCUGUAACAGCAUGCAUGUUGUGCGUGUCUUUUUGUAAUGCUAUUCCAUGUGUUCUCAUCACUGUGGGUAUAUGUGAGUCAAACCCCUUUGUCUUAUGUCGUCUGAGACCAGAGUCCUGCAGGUUGGAGACCCUGCCCUGUCCCACGACUGCUAUUCUACAUAUUAGGGGCGUUUAGUGAUGAAAAGGUUUGUUUACGGGAACAAUGUUGAAAAUGUGGAAUCACUGGGUGGGAAACAAUCUUUAUUGCAACUUAAGUUAAGGGACAAUAGCACCAAUAAAAGUCUACCUAUGGCCACGGAGUAUAUGAGCAUGAUGACAACAGGGAUCUCCUUCGCUUCUUCCUGUAAAUAUUUCGAAGAGCUACUCUGACGACUCAGCAACUCAACGACAGUGAAUUCAACGGAGGGGCAACGUAACCAUGACACUCCCUAACAUUUAAGGAGGCUGAUGAUGAAUCAGAUUUGGGGCAAUGCUUGAUUUGUGUGUGUGCGUGUGUGUGUGUGUGUGUGUGUGAGCUUCUUCACUCUCAGCUCCACUUGUAUCGGUUAUUCUGCUGGUGCUGGGAGGUUUAUUGUCCCCAUGUGUUUUUGUCUGUUGUUGUUGUUGUUUUUGUGUGGCGGUCAAUAUGUGUUAGUUUGUCUGUUUAUCUGUUUAGGAAACUAUGCUAAUAUGACAAUGUGUGCCCUGGAAACUCGCAACGACAGCAGGAGACACACACGAAGGCGGGCGUCACUCUCCUCCUGCAGCUCCACUCAUUCUCCAUUUUACUCAACAUCCUGUAUUUGCUGAUCAUCCCUUCAACUCGUCUUCAACCCUGGUGGGUGGAGUUUGCCAUAAUGCCACAAUUCAUAUUGUGCCACUCGGGGCAGUAAUAUGACAGUGGAUGAACUUAAAUAACACAAAUGUACUGUUUGAGACAGUAUAAUAGAAGAUCAUUGAAAUUUGCAUUAAACGUAGAGUAAAAAGUACUUCAUAUGAAUACUUGGUCAAUGUCCUGAGUUCUCAGCUUUACAAGUUAAAGUUGCUUGUGUACCUUAUGGACUUAAAAGAAACCCGUAGUUCUGAUUGUGUUAAAUCUCCUGGCACCAGUCGUGUUUCCCAGUUUGGCAAACUUCCCCCAUCAGCCUCCUGUGUAGCAGACACCAACAAACCACUCGUACAAUCCGCUCUCCUCCUGCCUCACACAUUCACAUUUAUUUACACAAUGUAGACUUUUUUUUACGUGACUAGAUCUUUCAUAUACGUGUUCGUUAUCAACCAUAUUUACACCGUUUCACACGUACAGACACACACAUUGAAACAAUCCAUCAGGUACAACCAUUGUGUGUUUUUCAAACCCACACACACACAUUCACACAACCUCCUUUGAUUCUUCCAGGGGGGGGGGGGGAAACCCCUCUCGCUGAACGACAGAAACACAGCACUGAACUUGUAAUUUAUUGUUUGUACAACUGGUAUGUGUGAAUAAAAACAGAACAAUGAGAGGAGUUUUAUUUAUUAUACUAAUUUUGUAUCAAAUUACUAUUUAACUUAGGAAUUUGACUGUGCAGAAUCUUUCCUUUGUAAGAAUAUAGUUUCUUUUUUCUAGCCAUCCACAUGAAUAUAUGUACAUAAAAUCUAUAUAUUUAAA